GAAAUUAUCAGUGUUUGGGAAGGAGAUUCCAUCAGCAUAACUUGCUCAAUGGAAGGUUCAGAAAAUGAAGUGGGAACGUACUUGAAAACUAUCAUACAACCAGUCAAUGUGAUAUAUGUUUCCAAGCAGAAUACUUCAUAUAUCCUUCCUGCUUUGGCUAAUCGCAUCAAGUAUUCAAAAGAAGGAAGCAAUCUCAGGAUAACUGUGAACAAUGUGCAGGAAUCUGAUUCCAAUAUCUACCUAUGCACUAAGUUUAUUAAAAACAAAGGCCAUCACAAAAAGCUGAAUGGGAAGACAACCAUAGUAGUGGUGAAAGGUAAAACCAGUGGAGUUGUUGAACAGUCACCAGUCUAUGUCAAUCCUCAGCAAGGCCAGUCUAUCAACAUUACCUGUGCAUUGAAAAGCUCACAUGAAGAUGAAGGGAUCUACUUGCUCAAGACUCACAUGCAACCUGAAAGAGUGCUGUAUGUUUCAAGUCAGAAUGCUUCAACUAUUUUUCCUGCUUUUGCUAAUCGCUUGGAGUAUUCAAAGGAAGAAAAGAAAAUAGUAAUAACUCUACACAACCUGUGGAAAAACGACAGUGAUGUGUAUGUGUGUGUUGGGGUGUUGAAAAAUUCCUCUUUCCUCUCAGCGCAUAGAAGUGGCACCAUGAUGCUGGUUAAAGAUGUGGAGCUGACAGACUGCAGGAAUAAUUCCUGGGGCAUCUAUGGUCCUGUCAUCGUGGUGGUGCUACUGUUUUCUGCACUGAUAUGCUGCACUUUGUACCAUGUCGAUAUGAAGAAAUAUUUCCAGAAAAGAAAACCAAAUGAAGUAUAUGAAGAUAUGUCUUUCAUUUCUAGGCACAACACCUUGGUCAGAACCAACACUUACACUACUGACAAUUAA